GUAUUAUAUGAAAAAUAUAUAUGAAAUACCUUCGAAUUAAUUAAAGCAGGAAAAAAAUAAUAAAUGCUCAAAUAGAUUCAUUUACGUUCUAAUGUUGGCACUAUGAAUCAUUCCCGCCUGUGCGCAAGGUGCGAAAGAUACGAAAACGAUCUGUGCAGCUUCUGUACCAGAUGAGAUGCUGCCGUGAUCUGUCGUUUUGAUUUCAGAAUCUGUUGUGUAUGCGUGUGCAAUGCUAUGUGUUUCUGACCGAUUUGCGACUGGUGCGAGACAGCAGAUCCUUGCAUUAAAGAAAUAAUCUUGUAGACGCCGAUCUAACGAACACUUGUCGGCAUGGGCGAUAAUGGAAUUUGUUUUCGUGAAGUGACCCCUGAUCAACUUUUUCCGGAAAAAUGGAAAGAUUUCACUGUAAAUAUCGGUGGCACUCAGGCUUUACAGGAAAUCAAAGUACCAGAACGUGCUGGAGGAUAUGCUUACAAAGACCAAGUGAAAAUCUACUCCAGAAAUCGUUUCCUUUAUUGGCGUACUUCCCAUGACACUCUGGAGCUUGUGGAGCAGAGCUUGGAUGUUAAUCUUGUUGGUAAUGCACUUCGAAUUCGUUUUCAAGAUACACCUGUUCUUGAAGGUGUUUCAGUUCAUGAAGCAGAGAAAGCUAUUGUAGUUUUGGUGGCAACUGUUUCCAGUGUUCAUCGCUUAUCAUUUCCUCAUCCUGAUCAUUUGUGUUCAGAGGACACUGCUGAUUUUGCCCUAGCCCAUCAUCCUGAUAUUGGAAUAAAGUCCAUAUUUGCAGACACUACUCUUUCUUCUGUGAGAGAUCCUAGUAGUUUCCAUGUCCUGAAUAGUGUGGCAUCAGGAAUUGGUCUUCCACAUGUAUCUGCCUCAUUGCUAACAGUUCAGGGUGAUUCCCUGUUUGCCUUGGGUUACCCGUCUGGCAGCAACCUGCUUGUGCAGAUGGGUGCAGGCGGCCAAGAAGUAAUGGUACGAGAGCUCAAGGAAGAAACCUUUGUACCUCGCUUCCUAUCUGGCAUCACACACGCUCUUAUAGGAGGUCGGGGUGUCCCCACAGAGGCACCUGUGAGUCUUGCCCUACACUGCAUUGGGCUGGAGACUUACCUUUUUUGUUUGCACCGUGAUGGCAUUCUCGCCAUGUGGUCGUGCAGCCGUGUGGCACUGAUGAGCACCCUUGAUCUAGCGCAAGUGUGUGGCAGUGAGCCAGGGCAGCAUGCUACAGAAGGAGUUCAGAGUCAUGUGCUGCGCAAAGCUCAAGAUGCAAGAGAUGGGCGUGUUCUGCUGGCUGCUUUCCUCUGCUUUGCAGAGGGUUCUCAAGUGUGCCUUGCCAAGCCUUCUCUUGUGCCUGGAGGUGCCUCUUUUCGUCUCAACCUUUUGUGUACUGUUCCUGCACCUGCUGGGGACCUGGUGGAGCUGGCGCUGGCCGGCGGCGCGCUGUGGGCGGCGUGGCGCGGGCCGCGGGGGCCGCUGGUGUCGCGCGCCGCGCUGGGCGCGGAGCUGGGCCCGUGGCGCAUGGCGCUGCUGGAGCCGCCGCCCGACGUGGAGGCGGCGCUGCGCGACGACGCGGACGUGGCCGAGCAGUACCUGCACUACGUCUUCCACGGCCACCACUUCUCCGCGCCCGUCAUCGCGCGCGCUCUCGCC